CCCGCCCCUCCGCCGCUGCUCCCUGAGCCUGGUCAGGUGCUUCUUUCUCUGACACCUAAACUUUGCAUUUGGAUAACUGUUGUGUGUCGGUGCAAACACAGCCGAGGCCAUGCUCAGACGGAUACUUCAGAUGACUCCUGGGAAAGGAAGCUCCCAGAAUGCAGAGUCGGAGCAGCCAAGCACCGACCUCAACCACGACCAGACGUCUGAGGGGUUCAUAUGUCCUCAGUGCAUGAAGUCUCACAACUCUGCAGAGGAACUGUUCAAACACUAUGAGCUCUUCCAUGACACUGGCGACCUCCCUGCUCAUAUGGCUCCCACUCGUGAAGACCUUACAAUGCUGCGGCAGGAGGUUCAAGACCUGCAUGUUUCUCUCAAGGAGGAAAGAUGGUUCUCAGGAGAACUAAAGAAAGAAUUAGACAAAGUCCAAGGGCAACUGAAGCAAAACGAUGGACAGGUGGACUCAGAGGAUUCAGUCCUUGAAAAGAAGUUGAAUGAAGCCGAGGCUGAGAUGUUUAACAUUAAACAGAUGAAAGACCUGUUUGAGCAGAAGGCUGCGCAGCUGGCCAUAGAAAUAGUGGACUUCAAGGCCCGGUAUGAUGAGGAGAAAAGCCUGAGGGAGGCUGCGGAGCAGAGGCUUACAAAACUGACUGAGCAGUUGCAGAGUGAGAAGCAGGACAACGAAAGACUCCAAACAGAACUGCUGCAGCGGCCGGGAGUGGAGGAUGUAGAAGUUCUGCAGAAGGAACUGGUGCAGGUGCAGACGCUUAUGGACCACAUGACACGAGAGAGUGAGGAGGAGUCUGAACGCCUCAAAAGCCACUACAAGGAGCUGCAGGCUAAUUACACUACCUCUGAGAUGACCGUAUCCCAACUAAAAGCAGAACUGGAAAAAGGUCCCCAGGAAGCAGCCGUCUACCAGCAACAGAUCCACCAGCUGCAGAGUAAUCUGAAUAAUUUGCAGCAGCAGUGUCAGGUCCUGUCAGAGAAGCUUGUGCGCAAAGAGAAGAAGUAUCAAGAACUGGAGGAGCAACUAGGAGCGGAAAAGGCUGUGAAGAAAGGAGUCCAAGAAAGCCUCAGGGCGAGGGAUGUGGAAGUACAGGAGCUCCAGGCUCGGGCUACGGGGGCUGAAGCCUCCCUGCAGAAAGCCCAGGCAGAGCUCAAGGAGAGGGCUGAGGAGGUGGCCAAGGUUAAGGGUGAGAUUGCAGAACUGGAGGUGAAGCAUGCAGAGCUAAAGGUGGAGAGGAAACAGCUGGAACAACAGAGGGAAGAAAAAGACAGCCAAGGUGCUCAGCAGCAGACGGAGAUCAGUCAGUUGCACGACAAGCUGCUGGAGGCCGAGAGGCAGCUGGGUGAGGUGCAGGGCCGACUGAAGGAGCAGAGGCAGCUGUCCGGGGAGAAACUGAAGGACCGUGAGCAGCAAGCAGCCGACCUGCAACUCAAACUCUCCCGAGCAGAGGAACAGCUGAAGGAGCGGACCAGUAAAAACACGGACCUGCAGCACCAGCUGGAUAAAGCCAAGCAGCAGCAUCAGGAGCUGCAAGCAUUACAGCAAAACACGAAUGGCAAACUCUGUGAGGCACAGAGUGAUUUGGAGCAGGUGCUGCGUCAGAUUGGUGAUAAAGACGGGAAGAUUCAGAACCUGGAAGCUCUGCUUCAGAAGAGUAAAGACAUUGUGAGCCAGCUGGAAGCUGAGAGGGAGGAUUUGUGUGCUAAGAUCCAGGCUGGGGAGGGAGAGACCGCUGUCCUUAACCAGCUCAAAGAGAAAAACCAUGCACUGCAGGAACAGGUGACGCAGUUGACAGAUAAGCUUAAGAACCAGUCGGAGAGCAACAAGCAAGCCCAAGACAACCUGCACAAGCAGAUCCAGGAGCAGAAGUCGCUGCUGCGCUCAGCCCAGGACCGAGCUCAGAGCCUGGAGAGCUCAGGCUCAGAGCUCACCGCCCAACUCUCAGACAGCAAGGAGAAAGCAUCUCAGCUGGACGCUCAGCUGAAAGCAAAAACAGAGUUGUUGCUGUCUGCAGAGGCAGCCAAGGCUGCGCUGAAGGCCAGCGUAGAAAACAACCUGGAGGCUGCUCAACAUGCGCUGCAGGACAAACAGCAGGAGCUGAAUAAAGCUCAGACGAAGUUGGAGGAGCAGGCCCAGAUGCUGAAAAAGAGACAGGAGCAGCGUGCUCAGCUGGAAACCAGUCUGAAGGAAUGUAAAGACAAACUACUGGCUGCAGAACAGAACGUCGAACAGUUGGAGGGGCACAACAAGAAACUGGAGUCCCAGGUAGCAGAGGUGCAGACGAUGCGGGAUCAGGCACAGCAGGAGGUGCAGAAACUUCAGGAGGAGUGCUCAGGGUUUAAACAGAAAACAAAGGAGCUGCAGCGCUCGUUGGAAACUGAAAGGGAAGGAGCUACAAAUUUGCAAGAGGAAUUGAAUAAAAAUACGGCUGCUUUGAGGGACAUCCAGCAGCAGCUGGAGUGCAGCGAGAAGGACACGGUUGCUCUGAAGGUUAAUCUGGACAAGGUGACUCAGGAGGGAAAGACUCAGCAAGCAGAGCUGGAGAGAAGAACUCAAGGUAUCGCAGCAGACCUACAAAAGGCCCAACAAGAGAAAGAGGCUCAGAGGAAGGAGCUUGUUGCUACUCAGGAGAGCUCAGCCAAGGCUCAUAAAGCACUGAAAGAGAGCCAGAGUCUACUGGACACUGAAAGGAAGAACUAUAAAUCAUCCGUGGAGGAGAAGGAAAAGUCCAAUGAAAAGGCAAAACGUGAACUUAUCAAAAAUAACGAGGCUAUCACCAAGGCAUUGCAAGAAUCUAAGGAUCAGCUGGAGCGGAUGAGAGAGGCAGACAAAAAGUUGAGAGCACAGCUGACUUCAUUAGAGCAGCAGCACUCAAACACUCAGGUGGUCUUGAGGGAAAAGGAGGCCGAGCUGGAGAAGCAACGUGUGCAGCUUCAGACGAUCAGGGGGUCCCUGGAGGAGGAGGUCGGGAAACUGAAGGGCCAAGUGACAGAGCUGCAGGAGCUCGGUGUCAAGAAGGCAGAAGAGGAGAGUGAUCUGAGGUGUCAGGUGUCAGGUCUUGACCAGGAGCUGGCCUCUGAGAAAACCCGGGCAACAGAGCUGCAGAAAACUUUGGAGAAAAGCCAAGGAGACCUUGCCAAGCUUCAGUCUGACUUUUACGGGAAGGAGUCGGAGGUCUCCGCACUGCGUCAAGAUCUUAAGGCAGCAGAGGAGAAACUGAGCGGGGCCCAGGAGGAGCUGGCUGCCAAUCGAACCCAUCAGACGGGUCUAGAGGCUCAGAACCAGGAACUGCAGGCAGGCCGGUCCUCUCUGGAGCAGGAGCUCGCCAAACGUGAGCAGAAGCUGCAGCAGCAGGAACAAACCCUCAAGAAGUUACAGAAGCAGGAGGAGCAAGUUAAGGAGGAACUGCAGAAGGAGAGGAGCAAAGUCGAGGAGCUGAACAAAGCUACAAAUGUUCUGGAGAAGAAUAACUCAACACUCACUUCUGAGUUAAAAACACUAGCAGAGAAGAGCAAGAAGGGGCUGGGUGAACUUCAGGAAGUCAAACAGCUGUUGAUCCAGCAGAAGCUGGAGCUGCAGGGUCAAGUGGAGGCGGCGCAGGGCGCCCUCAAGCAGGAGCAGCAGGAGCAUCAGGCCAGCAGGGACGGCAGGAGUAAGAGAGAAGAGCAGCUCCUCGCUCAGACAAAGGGGGUCCAGGAUCAGUUGGUGGCGGAGAAGCGAGCCAGAGGAGAGCAGGUGAAGCGUGGGGAAGAGGCUGAAGCUAAGUUUAGCGUACAGGUGACGGCUUUGAAUGAAAAUGUGGCUACGUUGAAGAGGGAAUGGCAAGGCAGCCAAAGGAGAGUAAGUGAACUGGAGAAGCAGACGGAUGAGCUGAGAGGAGAGAUCGCUGUGCUGGAGGCCACCGUCCAGAACAACCAGGAUGAGCGGCGGGCUCUCUUAGAACGGUGUGUGAAGGGCGAAGGUGAGAUGGAGAAACUGCAGGCCAAAGUGGUGGAGCUCAGGCGGAAGCUGGACGACACGACUGCGGCCAUGCAGGAGCUCGGCAGAGAGAACCAGUCCCUGCAGAUUAAGCAGUCACAAAGUCUGACCAGGAAGUGGACCGAAGAUAAUGAAGUACAGAACUGCAUGGCCUGUGGGAAAGGUUUCACUGUCACUGUCCGGAAGCACCACUGCCGACACUGUGGGAACAUCUUCUGCGGCGAGUGUUCGUCAAGGAACGCCCUCACGCCGUCCUCCAAGAAGCCAGUACGAGUGUGUGAGACGUGUUUCGAGGAUCUUCAGGGCUGAUUUUAUUUUUAUUUUCUUCUCCCUCUUUUUUUUUUUUUUCUCCCCCGUCAUCCCAAAAACGCCCCUUGACCACCCCUCCUCCUCUCCCUCCUGUUCCAUGUCUUCAUCAUUUUGAACAUGCACUAUGAAGGACAGGCCCAGUGCAAAGACGCCCACCUGUCCAUGACUCCAGGCCCUGGUGAUAAAGGAAACGAUUGAAGGGGUUUGCCGGGGAGAUGCUGCGUCAUGUGGUGGGGUGGGAUUGUCUGGAUCUGUUUUUGUGCCUUUGCUACUUCUGUGGACUGCCAGAGAGCAGGGACGGCGAUAACGAAGUACUGCUCAUCUCUUUGAGUUCAUCUACACAGCUCCAUCGUUGCUCUGUAGGUUGUAAAAUGUUGCAUCAGCCAUCAUGAGGUGUACGGUCUGUGUGAAACACGAGUGAACACAGUAACAGCAUUGUUGAGAGUAACGUCUGCCCUACAAAGGUAAAUGCAGUCAACUUUUAUUAUUGUGUGUAUAACUAAAUCAAUCUGAUCAUAAAAAAGGCAGUUAAAUUGCCUUUUUGAGUGCAAGAAACGUAAACUUAAAUAACUGCUAAGUACAAAAUAGUUUUUGUAUGAUUUUUAGGUUAAUUAAGACACUGAUUAGCUGUGAAUAUUGCAGCUUUUGUGCUGUGAUCACAAUACAAGGUUACUAAAGCUUGUUAGUUUUAAUCAGGUUUCCACGUGCAGAUCUUCACAACUAUAUAAAGAACUGAAAUUCAAUAAUAUGUAUUACUGUAUGUUUUAUUAAUUUAACUUUAUAGCCUUCAGUACAUUGUCCUAACGUGCAGGGAAGUAAUUACUUCUUGGAGUUUUGGGGUCAGAUAUCAUUUGGUAAGAAGAGCUGCCAUAAACAGAUGAAGUUCAUCCGUCAGCUUCUGCGCGAGCUAUUAGUUGCUCCUGUGCAAAACCUUUAGAUCAGUUACUGCACGUUGCCUUUGUGCGGCAGAGGGUUCGUGAAUCUGUCGAAGUUCAUGUUUUCAGCCUAUUUCAUGACCAAAGAAUGUCGGCAGUAGGACUACAGGCGAGCCCAAGGCUCCGGGUUCGGUUCACACAGCAGUAUUUAACUGAACUUUUGAGUUUUCACAGACUCAGACAUUUGUGUUUUCAAAAUAAUUUGAUUUUUUUGGGGGGGGUUUUUUGUUUCAACUUUUUGUUUGUCCCCUUUUCUUCAUAUUGUGGUGCUUUCUGUGGAGAUGGGUGAUACAGUCACUGAAGGUGUCUGCACGUUUUAUUUGUUUUCUGCUGCUCGUCUUUGCUCAACAGCACUCAUCUGUGUGUGUGUGUGUGUGUGUGUGCGCGCGCGUGUUGUGUGCACUCGUGUUGUGUGCACUCUGCUUUGAAGCAAUAACUGUGGGUGUGUGAAGUUGCUGUAAUGGUGUGUGUGUGUGUUUAAGCCUGCUGCGUGUGCCGAGAUGCACUGUACAAAUGUCCUGCUCAGAUCUUCAGUAUCUCCGGCACAUUUUUCGGGGACUUUGUUGCUGCUUUCGAGUACUGCGGUUACUACGGUUACUGUUGGUUCUCUGUCCAGCCGAGAACACUGGAAAAGCAUCUUCCUGCUCUCUUUAACUUAUAAUUGCUCCCAGAUGCUGGCAAGAUCUCUCGUGCAGUUGUUUGUAGACUGGAGCAGGUGGUAACACUGUAAACCAAGAUUCUGCAGCAAGCAGCUCGUUUCAGACUUACCAAAUUAUCUCUUCGUGCUUGCUACACAAGAAUGUCCAUUUCAGAUGCAUUCUCUGAAAAAACAAAAGCAUCUCUCUCUUUUCUUUGCGUGGAAUUGGUUUUACGUCUACCUCAGAUUGGCACAGGAAAGGCACUAUUUGUUAACAGCAUACAUCAGAAAUGUAUCUUUGCUUGCAUUUGAUGGAGGAUUUCAGACUUUUGUGGUGUUGCCAAGUCCCUGAAUUCUGGAGAGAUGAUUUGCACCUUAUUGUAUUCUGGGAUUGCCUGUGUGAAAACCCAGCAACAAACAUAGGACCACCGACUUUAUACAGGCUUCAGCAUUUCCAGCUCCGAUAACUGCUCAUUAAAACUAAGGCUGUCAUAAUUAUAUUUGUAAAUGUUUGUAAUGAAAGAGAAAAGGUGACCUACAGUAUAUUAUUAUGUGGAUGUAAAAACAUGAAAACAGUGAAACUGUGUUUGGAUUCAUCAGUGUCUUAACUCAUUUUUACAAAAUGGCACCACAGACGUGUACACUGAAUCGUGGCUUGCUUCGUGUUGCUGUCUGUCUUCACGCGUGACGACUCGACGGUUCUGUGGCUCUCACGUUUAGUGGUCAGAUUGGGUGGGUGUGAAGGCCUGCCUUGAGCAGAGAACCCGCACAUCCCCGCUCGCCGCCGGCGGACACUGUGUCACCAGUGCAACUUCCGAAGUAAUGUAAUUUAAGUUCACGUGCACCAGUUGAUUUUUCUUAUUCAUUGUCAUGACUUAAAUAAAAACCUGCAGUAUGUUUGUAUA